CACUGAUGAGCACAGAUGGGUACUCACUGGUGGGCAAAAGAAAAGAGCCGAAGAUGUUGACUCGGUCAUGUGAUCAGCUGUGUCCAAUCACAGCUGAUCACAUGGCACUGAUGAUCAGUGUGCCCUGAUGAUCAGUGUGGCCCCAGAAGUGCCACCUGUCAGUGUCCAUCAUUGCCAGCAGUCAGUGCUCAUCAGUGCCACGUGCCAGUGCCCAUCAGUGCCACAUAUCAGUGCAUACCAGUGCACAUUAAUGCCACAUAUCAGUGCCCAUCUGAGCUGCCUUUCAAUGUCACCCAUCAGUGCCAGUCAGUGCCACCUAUCAAAGCCAAUCAGUGCCGCCAAUCAGUGCUGCCAAUCAGUG